GCUGUGCAGACGCCAGGGGGGAGCAGCAGGAUGAACACGAGCUCCGAUCCAGUGGUCAUCGUCUCGGCGGCCCGUACCGCCAUAGGCUCCUUCAAUGGUGCCCUGCCCACCGUGCCUGUCCACGAACUGGGGACCACUGUCAUCAAAGAAGUCCUGCAGAGGGCCAAGGUGGCUCCAGAAGAGGUGUCCGAGGUCAUAUUUGGACACGUCUUGACGGCAGGUUGUGGGCAGAAUCCCACUCGACAAGCCAGUGUGGGUGCAGGGAUCCCCUACUCGGUUCCAGCAUGGAGCUGCCAGAUGAUCUGUGGCUCGGGCCUAAAAGCCGUGUGUCUUGCAGCCCAGUCCAUAGCCGUGGGCGACUCCACCAUUGUGGUUGCUGGAGGCAUGGAGAAUAUGAGCAAGGCUCCUCACUUGACUCACCUGAGAACAGGAGUGAAGAUGGGUGAGGUUCCACUGGCUGACAGCAUACUCUGUGAUGGUCUUACAGAUGCCUUUCACAACUACCACAUGGGCAUCACAGGUCUUACUGAAAUGAAAAUUGAUGAAUUUCCUCAUCAUGGGAGUAACCUUGAAGCCAUGGGCAAGCUGAAACCUUACUUUCUUACCGAUGGGACAGGAACUGUCACAUCUGCUAAUGCAACAGGAAUGAACGAUGGCGCUGCUGCCGUGGUUCUUAUGAAGAAGACAGAAGCUGAGAGUCGGAUGCUGAGACCUUUAGCAAGAAUAGUCUCCUGGUCACAAGCCGGUGUGGAGCCUUCUGUUAUGGGAGUAGGACCAAUUCCAGCCAUAAAGCAAGCUGUUGCAAAGGCAGGCUGGUCCCUGGAGGAUGUUGACCUGUUUGAAAUCAAUGAAGCCUAUGCAGCUCUCUCUGUUGCAAUAGCUAAAGAACUUGGAUUAAACCCUGAGAAGGUAACCAACAUGAAGUUGUUUGCCAGUGAACUUGCAUAA